UCAUUCCGUCGAUGAGAUGAACGAACUUCAAUUCAAGCUUCCGUUGGUUAGGAGUUCGUCACUCUGGUCCCUGGUUCGCAAAUCCCGUGUAUUUCACGAGGGGAGACUUGUCUUGUCCGUCACCAUCCUUCGCCAAACUAACCCAUCGAAUUCCGCCAUAGCUGAAGGGCUUCAUCUCGGGUGUGGAUGCUCUCACCUAGUCUACCAGUAUUUGUUCCCCUGUGUCUUCGUUACUGCAAUUUCACAUCACAGUUGCAUAUUAGAUGAACCCCGAAUAGGUGUGUGUGUUAAAGACAAUCUAAGUAGAGGCCAGCGCGCGAGGAGGUGGUGAGCGAACACCUCCGAAUGGGUGGAUGGAAUCGUCUGGCUUCGUGUUGAUGCGCAAUCAGCUCAUGAAGCUUGUGGUGCUCAUUCAACAGAGAAUGGGGUAGGGCUUUGCAGAGCUGGAGAAAGUGAAGGUUGGUAUAUCUGGAAGGGAAGGGAGAGGAGAAGAUGAAGGGAAGGAAGGACCCUUUGGGAUUGCGAGGAGCGACGAGGGAUUACAGAAUUGUGUACGCUGUUGUGAUCGGCCUGACCUUGGGAGCCCUGUGGGCCUAUCUCAGACCCCAUGGCAUGUCCACCUCAUCCACCUUCGGCUACGAUCGCUUGGAUGGCUCUUCAAGCAAGGAUGGAGCCAUCUUGUCUUUGGAAUCGAAAGUGGCGAUGCUUGAAAGGGAAGUCAAGCGCCUCAAGGUCGAAAACACCGAACUAGCUCAACUCAAUUUAAAGAAUGCCUUGUUGGAGCAAGAGGCUGCUGCAGCUAAAAAGCAGCUGAAGGCGGUGUCUCCUCCUGUCAAGGUAGGGCCUCCUGGCACUGUAAAAAGCAUGCGUACAAAUCAGGAGGUGCACCCAGAUGAAUCGACCAAUCCCAAGCUCUCUGCGCUUCUGAAGAAGGUUGCCGUGAAUGGAGAGCUGAUUGUUGGCAUCUCGAACAACAAUGUCCGAGAUAUGGUCCAGAUUUGGUUUGAGAGCAUCAAGCGGGUGGGUGUUACAAAUUACUUGGUGGUUGCUUUGGACGAUGAGAUUGCCUCUUUUUGUCAAGACCAUGAUGUGCCUGUCUACAGACGAGACGCCACGAUUUCGAAAUCACAAGCUGGAACUGGCGCCAAUCAUGCUAUCUCAGGUUUGAAGUUUCAUCUUCUGCGAGAGUUCCUAGUGCUGGGGUAUAGCAUCCUCCUCUCCGACGUUGAUAUUGUCUACCUUCAAAACCCCUUUAACCAUCUCCACCGUGACUGUGACGUGGAGAGCAUGUCGGAUGGCUUCGACAAUACCACAGCCUAUGGGUACGAUGACGUUAUGACUGACCCUUCUAUGGGCUGGUCCCGCUACGCACACACCAUGCGUAUCUGGGUGUUCAACUCUGGCCUGUUCUAUAUUCGCCCUACCGUCCCCUCUAUCGAGCUCCUCGACCGCGUGACUGCCAAGCUGACGAAAGAGAAAGCUUGGGACCAAGCAGUCUUCAACGAGGAGCUCUUCAAUCCUUCACAUCCUGGUUACGAGGGCCUCCAUGCCUCCCGGCGAGUACUCGACUUCUAUCUGUUCAUGAACAGCAAGGUAUUGUUCAAAAUACUUCGCAAGGAAAAGGAUUUUGCAGAGUAUAAACCCGUGACCAUUCAUGUGAACUAUCAUCCUGACAAAUACGAUCGCAUGCUUGCCAUUGUGGAGUACUACGUGAAGGGGAAUACGAAGGCUUUGCAGCGCUUUCCGGAUGGUUCUGAAAGGUAAUGCUGUCUAAUAUUGGCAUUCGAUAGAUGAGGCUUCUGAAUUGAAGGUCUCUUGAAACUUAAUUUUUCGCCUCGUGCCCGUAAAAGUUGAGUUUGGGCUAUGAGGUGUGACCAUGGGAGACGACAGUUGUAGAAGAACAGCUAAUUUUAUUACCAGGAGAAGCAAUCAAGUACUUCACUGCUCAUCUUUAACUAAUUCUUGAAAAGUCCCCUGUUUUUCGCCGCGACUAGAACUAUUUUUUUUCCCAUUUUCAA